AUGGAUGGCAACAUCCACACAGGCGCGAUUCUGGACAGUGCUGAGGGUAUCGAUAUCAACCAUAAACAUGACCGUAAGGUCCGCAGAACAGCUCCAAAGAGCGAAGAUCCGUAUCUCAGGAUUCUUGCCAAGUUGUACACCUUCCUGGCUCGACGUACUGGCGAGAAGUUCAACAAUAUCAUUAUGAAGAGGUUGUUCAUGUCGAGGCGAUUCCGUGCACCUCUUUCUAUUGCUCGUAUCACCCGCAUGCUGAAAAAAAAGGGGAACGCUGACAAAAUUGUUGUCACCUGUGCAACAGUUACAGAUGAUGCUCGCCUUUAUGAAGUCCCGAAGUUCACAGUAGCUGCUUUGAAAGUUACCGAUUCUGCUCGUGCACGCAUUCUCAAGGCUGGAGGCGAAGUGAUCACAUUCGAUCAGCUUGCUCUUCGCUCGCCCAAAGGAGAAAACACGCUCCUCAUCCAAGGACCCCGUAAGGCUCGUGAGGCUGAGAAACACUUCGGUCCAGCUCCGGGAGUCCCACACAGCCACACCAAGCCCUACGUUCGUUCGAAAGGCCGCAAGUUCGAGCGUGCUCGUGGUCGAAGAGCUUCUCGUGGAUACAAAGCUUAA